CGAAGAUUUGGGCGGGAAUUAGAGUGGUGAAGGUGGAGGGAGAGGAGAAAGACUAUGAACUCGACGACCGGAAGGGACGGCGGCGACGGAGACUCGCCGGACCUCGUGUGCCAGCUCGACUGCGUACAGGGCAUGGUCGACGCGCUCUCCUCCGUUCGCUGGAAGCGCAAUCAGGAUGCUGUGGUCGAGAUCUCCGAGCACGGGCUCGUCCUCGUCGUGGAGGAGUCUGGCUGCCUCCAGGCCAAGGUGUAUCUUAAGCGUGAGCUGUUUCUUGCGUAUGAGUUCGCGGCGGAGGGGCGACCGAGGUUCGGCCUGAGCUUGGGGCUGUUCGUUGACUGCCUCAACAUCUUCUCCACUCCUGGACAUGCCCCUGCCAUUGAAAUCCGUUACCCCGGCCCUGACAUGCAACUGCUUCUGAAGUCGGUCGACUCUCCCGACGCCUGUAUUUAUGCAGAGAUUAGAACGAGAAUCCCCGACACCGUUUCUUGGGACUGUAACUUCGAACCCACUGGAAAUGUUCCUGUUAGUUUUACAGUCAAGUCUGCUAUUCUAAAGGAAGCUAUCGACGAUCUUGAAUGGCCUGGUUCCGACAUCCAGAUAAGCCUACAACCUGACCCCCCUUCCGUGACAUUUAGAGGAGAAGGUCAUGGGGACUUGCAGAUAGAAUUCCUGCAUUAUGCAAAUACUGAUCUUCUAAUUGCGUUCCAGUGUACUCGAUCUGUCUCUAACAGGUACAAGUACAAAUUUCUCCGAGCAAUGACAUCGAACAUUCCAAGCAGUGUGUUGAAGGACAACAGAGGAAGCAAAGUGACUGUGGGGAGGGGAGGGAUGCUGAAGAUACAGCACUUGGUAUCGGUUAGAAGAUCAUCGGCCCAACAUUCGCGAGGCAAUCAGCAGCCUGGCCACAUCGCUUACAUUGAGUUCUUUGUCAAACCAGAAGAAGAAGAAGCAGACGAAGAAGAAAGCCCUAUAGGCGACAAUUAGCCUCUUCGACUAUUUGAAUUAUAACUAACAUAAAAUGUGUUGCAAUCCUUUUUAUGUGUUUAAAAGUCUAGAGCUAUAUUAUCCAUUAAAUUGUGAAGUAGUCUUGAAUGAUAUUUAUUUAAAAUUUUGAAUUUCACCAUGGUGUAGGUGUAAAAUUGGACUUAAUCUUUGGAUCCUUUUAAAAAAAUGGUAAAUGUUGGGGGUCAUUUGAAAAUCACCCUCUACUUUUCCCCA